GGCAUCCGUAGUGACUGGGGAAACAUGGCCGCUCACGCAAGCAAGGCAAUGCUGCUGUCCUUAAAUCGACUAAACGUCGUCGGCGUUGGACAAGCGCAUUUGUCAAACAGGCUGACAUACGCGACGGCAUUGCCUGUACACUCGGGUGGCAAUAAAAAUUUUCCUGGGAGAGGCGACAGAGGAACUUUUACCAAAAGGCCAAGAAGAGAUGCAGGACCACCAAGGACGGACAAGAUGGUAGUGGACCAGGACUGGACGGCAGUCUACCCAGCAGCGACCCCCUUCCGAGCCACCGCUGUGCCCCUACCUGUGAGGAUGGGCUACCCUGUGAAAGGAGGGGUCCCUCCAGAGAAGAAGGGCAACCUGGAGCUGCUCAAGAUUCCCAACUUUCUCCACUUGACACCAGCAGCAAUCAGAAAACACUGUGAAGCCCUCAAACCGUUCUGCAAUGCGUGGCCGUCCGCUUUGGACACAGACGCCAAGUGUGAGCAGCACUUCCCCAUCCAGGUGGAGAGCAGCGACUACGUGUCGGCUGGCCUCUCCAUACGAAACCCCGCCGCUCGUGUCGUUCAUCUCCGAGUGAAGCUGUCCAGUUUGAACCUGGAUGAACACGCCCGGAAGAAAAUAAUCAAACUAGUCGGGGAGCGAUACUGCAAACAGUCGGACGUCCUCACAAUCACCAACGACAGCUGUCCACUGAGACAACAGAAUUAUGACUACGCCAUGUACCUGUUGACUGUCCUCUACCACGAGUCCUGGAAAACCGAGGCGUGGGAGGCCGACAAGACGGUUGCAGACAUGGAGGAGUAUUUGUGGGAGGGCAGCCCGUCCCAGAAGAACAUCUUGGACACGCUGUUACGCGAGCCGGACGGCGGCGAGCAAGAACGCCAGCGUCUGCUGGAAAGAAACGAAGUGCAAGAGUACAAGGACUCGGUAAGCAGACUGAAGAACCAAGGCGACAGCGAGAGCGCAGUGCUGCAGUACAAAGAGGCCGUCAAGAAAGUGCUCAAGAUGUAACAAGUUGCAACAGAGAGCAAAUAUAUCACUUUGUUGCAAUGUCUCCAACACCAUCUGAUGUAUUUAUGUAAUUUUGCGUCCUUUCACCAAAAUAAAAAGAUGGCUUGAUUUGCGACUAAA